AUGGUCAACUUCAAAGCUUUGGCUUCAGUCCUCCUCGCUUCUGCUACCCUCGCAAGCGCCCGUCCACCUCGCGUACCACCCAAAGGACGCUCUGGACCCAACUACUGGUUCAGCUUUGGUGACUCCUACACCCAGACUUGGUUCAACCAUACCGACACUCCACCGGCUCCCGGAAACCCCCUCGGAAACCCGCCCUACCCUGGCUGGACUGCGACUGGAGGUCCCAACUGGGUUGGCUACUUGACCACCGAGUACAACAACUCGCUCGUCCUCACCUGGAAUUACGCCUACGGUGGAGCUGUCAUUGAUGACAAGCUGGUCACGCCUUGGCAGCCUGGCCUCAUUCAUUUGACCGGCCAGGUUGAUCAGUUCCUCGAGUACGCUGCGAAGAAACCCGCCGUCGUCCCUUGGACCAGCAAGAACGCUUUGUUCUCCAUCUUCAUUGGAAUCAACGAUAUUGGCAACAGCUGGUGGCUGCCUGGAUCUCGUGACGAAUUCAAUGAUGUAUUGUUGGAUGCCUAUUUCGGUUUGGUCCAGAAGCUCUAUGAUGCCGGAGGACGCAACUUCCUCUUCGUGAAUGUCCCACCUAUUGAUCGAUCGCCUUUGAUGCUGGAGCAAACGGACGAUGCUGGCAGGGCUAUCGAAAAGGAGGUUAUUGCCAGCUACAACCGCAAACUGCUGGAGAGGAUCGAGGCUCUCAAGGCCACUGACAGGAAGAUCAAGACCUUCUUCUGGGACUCGAAUGCGUUCUACACCAAGGUCCUUGAUUCUCCUCAAGAGUAUGGGUUCAAGGAUGCCACCUCUUGGGGCAAAGAAGACCCUGAGAUCUUCUGGGGUGACAACUACCACCCAAGCACCUAUGCCGACAAACUGUUCGCCGAGGACAUUGCCCGGAACGUUCUCGCAGAUACUGUCUGGUGA